AUGCCUCAUCAGUUACAUGAUGGUGUUCCUGACGGAACAACCAGCGCUCAUGUCGCUGAUGGUGAUGUUGAGAAACAGGAAUCCGAGGAUGGAUUAGACGGGGCCAGCCGACGGGUGGCUAGCGACAAACGUACCUCAGAUGGUGGAGUAAUUCUUACAGAAUCGGAUGUGUAUGAUAAACUGGGAUUUACCUUUCCAUUUUGGAAGAAAUGGGGCAUCCUCGGUGUGAUCUUUCUCGUUCAAGUAUCAAUGAACUGGAAUGCUAGCUUUUACGCUGGCGCAAUUACUGGAUUAUCAAAACACUUUCACAUUUCCAAGCAAGCUGCACGCGUGGGACAAAUGAUCUUUUUGGUCUGCUAUGGCUUUGGCAGUGAACUGUGGGCUCCAUGGAGUGAAGAGAUGGGCAGGUGGCCAAUCAUGCAGCUGAGUUUAUUUUUCGUCAACAUCUGGCAGAUACCUUGUGCUCUAGCCCCCAAUUUCGGUACAAUUAUAGUGUGCCGAGCUCUAGGUGGUCUAUCUUCUGCUGGUGGCUCGGUCACUCUGGGUAUGGUUGCUGAUAUGUGGGAGCCUGAUGAUCAGCAAUAUGCCGUCGCGUUCAUCGUGUUGUCUUCCGUUGCUGGAUCGGCCUUUGCACCUAUUGCAGGAGGCCCUGUCUCGGAAUGGCUAAGCUGGCAUUGGAAUUUCUGGAUUCAACUGAUUAUCGGCGGUGCUGUCCAAGCAAUUCAUUUCUGGGUUCCUGAGACACGCUGCAGCAUUCUUGUGACUCGCGAAGCUCAGAAGCGCCGCAAAAGAGGUCAAAAUGUCUACAGCUACAGUGAAGUCAAGAACACAAAAUUCGAAUGGAGGCCCAUCAUCACGGUGUGGCUUCGGCCUUUCCUUAUGUUUGUGCGAGAGCCAAUUGUGUUGUGUCUAUCUUUACUGUCUGGGUUUUCCGACUCUUUGAUCUUCACUUUCCUUCAAGCGUACACUCCAGUCUACCAGCAAUGGGGAUUUGGAGACGUUCGAAUAGGCCUUUCCUUCGUGACUAUCAUCGUUGGAUAUGCGAUCGCAUAUCUCUCAUUCUUACCGUGGAUCUAUAAACAUACAAAGAUACGGAAACGAGACCCAGAUGCGCUGCAACCAGAAUCUCGCCUAUAUUGGCUCUUAUGGACUGCACCGCUAGAGACCAUAGGCCUGUUCGGGUUUGCCUGGACUAGCAUAGGCCCCCCUCACGUUCACUGGAUAGCGCCGAUGAUAUUCUCCGCUUGUAUUGCAAUAGCUAAUUAUGCAAUUUAUAUGGCCACAAUCGACUACAUGGUCGCAGCGUAUGGUCCGUAUUCCGCUUCGGCUACAGGCGGGAAUGCGUUGGCCCGAGAUUUCCUGGCAGGUAUUGCUGCGAUGUAUUCAACUCCCAUGUACGAGAACAUGGGUACCACAUAUCACUUGGAAUGGCCGACCACUCUGCUGGCCAUUCUUUGUAUCUUCAUCACUGGUCCGAUCUACAUCUUUUAUUGGUACGGUCCCAAAAUCAGAGAAAAGUCCAAGUUUGCCCAGGUUCUGGCAAGCGAUCGCAGAGCCAAGGGCGAAAGAGCUAUUCGCUGCGGUUCAGAGACCCAAGGUGCAGAGGCUACUUACUUGGGCUCGCAGAGAUCUCACACGGGCUCACUCCGUGGCACUCGUGGAUCUGCUUCUGGGUGUUCUGCUUGA